AGUGAUUUUCUUUUACUCCUCUCUGUUUACCUUUCCUUCUAAAAUGGACCGUGAAAUAAUGCAUUUUUAAGGCAUUCACCGACAACAACAACAACAACAACAACAGCAAAAAGCAGACUCGGGCUUCUGACGCAAAAAUGGACGAAAUGGAAACUUCUCUGUUGUUUAUUAUUAUCUCUUACAACUAAUCAUUUUCCAUUAUCAAGACUUGUAGGACAGCUUGCUCGUCUCUGUCUCUGUGGUCAUCACUAGACUUUUGUGAAGACAGACAUGCAGCACAACAGCAGCAGCACUUCUUCACUGCCUGGGUUGGGACUUUGUGGACUCGGAGUAGAUGAGGGUGAAGACCUGUGGAACCGGAGCACAGGGACUCAACGUAACCUCUCUCUCCGCUGCUGGCUCCAGCUGUUGUCCAAAGAAGCCAUGCCAGAGCUGUAUGGUGACACUUCAAGUAUGGCGCUACGUGUGGUCAUCGCCAUGGUCUACCUGGUGGUGUGUGCUCUCGGACUGGUGGGCAACCUGCUGGCACUGUACCUGCUCAAAUCACGGCACCGGCUCAAGCAAUCUUCCAUAAACUGUUUUGUCAUGAGCUUGGCUAUAACAGACCUGCAAUUUGUCCUGACACUUCCCUUCUGGGCUGUGGACACAGCGUUGGACUUUCGCUGGCCAUUUGGUAAGGUCAUGUGCAAGAUCAUCAGUUCAGUCACGACCAUGAAUAUGUAUGCCAGCGUCUUCUUCCUGACAGCUAUGAGUGUGGCGCGUUAUUGUUCUCUGGCGUCGUCCUUGCGCAUGCACAGCCCCAAGAUGGCAUCGGCUGAGGUGAAAUGGGCAAGUGUGGCCAUCUGGCUUGUGUCUCUGCUGGCGACGCUGCCUCAUGCUGUCUACUCAACUACGGCGCAAGUGUCAGAUGAUGAACUUUGUCUUGUACGCUUCUCAGACCUGGGAAACUGGGAUCCACAACUUUUGCUGGGUCUCUAUCAGACGCAAAAAGUGCUCCUGGGUUUUGUCAUUCCUCUGAUUAUUAUCAGCGUCUGCUACCUGCUUCUGCUGCGCUUUGUGCUUCAGAGACGAGUCAGCGGGAUCCCCGGCUCGGACAGUGAAAGGGGGAGGCACAAGCGGCGUUCCAAAGUCACCAGAUCGGUCACUAUUGUAGUCCUGUCAUUCUUCCUGUGCUGGCUUCCCAACCAGGCGCUGACACUUUGGGGUGUCCUCAUCAAGUUUGACUUGGUGCCAUUUAGCAAGGCCUUCUACAAUGCCCAGGCCUAUGCUUUUCCCAUUACUGUCUGCCUCGCACACACCAACAGCUGUCUCAAUCCAGUGCUUUACUGCCUCAUCCGGCAGGAGUAUCGAGCCAGUCUCAAAAAGCUGCUUCUGAGAGCCACACCAUCCUUACGCAACCUGACCAAUAUGAUGCGCAGGAAUAAGAAGGUCGCCGAUGCUCCAUCUAGCUUGGCUGUCGUACAGAUGGAUGCUGGGCUGUGAAGUAGUGCAUGGAUGAGAGCAUCUUAUACUGGCACCCAGCAAGUUAUGUUUGGACUAAUACUGGUUAUACAGGAGGAAGUUUGGGGCACAAACUGUACGUAUGCUCUCUGGGGCCUAUGACUCCUACUUAACCAGCAGGACUUUCUUCACUUGUAGCAAUCCUGGGGGUUUAAACAAGUGGUCUGGCUUUUGAUUCAGGAAAACUCUGUCUGUUUGGUAUCUGUAUGUCUUGGGUUCUGGUGUCAAGUUCAUUUUAUUUGCUAUAGUAGCUCUCUGGAAAUACAGAGAUGUCUGUUAUUAUGCUUUUCUUAGCUCAAUCAUAACUGAAUUUCAUCAGAGGAAACGGAUAAAAAGCACACUUAAAUGUAAAGAGUAACAGAAGACUCAAUAGAUUUCCUGCAAUAACAAUGCUUUCUUUUUCUUUUUUUUACUGUACAAAGCCCAGUGUGAUACCUCAGGCUUAUUUAUUUAUAUUAUUAUUUUUUUAUGCAAGAUAGUGUCAUAUAAAUAUAUACUCACUUGCACAUGAUAAAGCAUAAAAUGACCGUUCUGAAAAUGCACUGUGCACCGCUAUGAUCUGAAACAUAUAUACAAAUAUAAUAUAAUGUAUGUCGUGAAAUAAACAUUAGCAGGUCAUUCUGUAUAUUAAAAAACAGUUUGAUUAACAGGCAUGUGGCAGGUGGCUGCAAGUCUGGAGUUAUAUUCAGUGCUUUUGUCUAAAUCGUCUUGAGCACACGUUUGCUGAUCUUAAAAUGCACUCACACGUUGACCUGAGUAUUGAGUGUCUAUGUUGGGUUAAUUUCGCAAUCGGUGUGACUGCAUGUGUAACUCUCGCAGGGGAAAUUCAUUGUGAAUGUCAUGAUCCACUCUGGUCCUUCUUUCUGUUGUAUUGCUGAGGAAGAUAUUCAGUAAGGUUCCCUUCACUGACAUUAUUUUACACAAACAAACCUGUUGCACAUGUUAUUGAGGGUAAUAAUGAACAUUAACAAACAUAUCUGCAUUCGUUAACUGAACCUGAAGCCUGGAGACCAGCUUUCAGUAAUGUAUUAAUAUUUAAAAUAACGUUUUUCUGACUAAUUUUAAACAUCAGUAAAUACUUAUAUGUCUUCACUUAACAUUACUAAUGCGUUAUUAAUGCAUAGGUUUUACA